UCACAAUAUUUUUAUAGCAUCGGUUAUGUUGUUAUACGCCUUUUCUCAGUCUAAGCACCAAUGCGCCCCUAAUGCCCAAACAACAAUCAGCACGUAGCGACGCGAGUACUAUCGAUUCGGAUUCUUAGCUCGAUACAUCGAUAUACGUGCAAAUUGGCGAUAACAAACAACAUAAUUAAUCGAACAAUCGAUGUCAACUAGCAACUAACAGAACAUAUCAACGUGUGUCAUCACAAACCAGCUGCUAACGCACAGCAGCUGUUAGCGUCGCAAGUCGAUAAGUGCACAUUUAGUUGAGACGAUAAAUAUAAGUCAGAGCUUGCGAAAAGGAAGCAGCCGCAGGUCGUCAUGCCACGAGGAAAAUACGUUAACCACAAAGGCCGCAGCCGCCACUUUACGUCGCCCGAGGAGCUGCAACAGGAGUCGGAGGAGGAGAGCGAUCAGUCGACUGGCAGCGAAACCGAGGAGCAGGCCGGCUCGGCCGGCACAUCCAAACAGCCGGCCGGAACGGGCGGCAGCGCCGCGGCGCGCAAAUCAAGCAGGCCCGCCGCACAGCGACAGAAGCAACAGCAGCAACAGCGUCGCAGCUCCACCGACGAGGAGUCCGACGAUGAUGACAGCGAUGAUGAUUCGGAGGCGGAUCAACGUGAUGCCAAAAAGGGUGUGGCCGCACUUAUCGAAAUCGAGAAUCCCAAUCGUGUGACCAAAAAGGCCACACAAAAAUUGUCUCAAAUCAAAAUUGAUGAUGUGGCCGGCGGCGGCAGCGGCGGAAGCGGCGGCGGCGGCGGCGGCUCAAACACCAGCAACACCAAGCCGGAGCUGUCCCGUCGCGAACGCGAACAAAUUGAGAAGCAGAAGGCGCGACAGCGCUACGAGAAACUGCAUGCCGCUGGCAAAACCACCGAGGCGAAGGCGGAUCUCGCCCGGCUGGCGCUCAUCCGGCAGCAGCGAGAGGAGGCGGCUGCCAAGCGAGAGGCCGAAAAGAAAUCUGUCGCCGAUCUGUCCAAGAAGCCGCUAACCAAGUAGUUAACCAUAGCCGAGUAGUAGUUAGUCGGGCCAGACGAACGGGAUUAUGGCAAUCGCAUUCAAAUAAUAGUUCCAAUUUUCGUAUAUUAACAAAUUUGUUGCAUUUUCGACAGCAACAGCAACAACAACAACAGCAACAAAUUGUGAGAAACACACUUAUGAAUACCCUAUAAAAUGCAAUUGCUAUACAUAAAUGUUUAUGAUGUCAUAUUCAACGUUUGAUUUUGCCGCUUUCCGCAUUCAACAACAAUUUCACUUCCUUCUUUUUUUUUUUUACACUCUAAAUCUAACGCAAAUCCUUUUGUAAUUGAACUAUAUACAAAUAUAUAUAUAUAUAUUCGUAUAUAUAUAUAUAUAUGUGUGUGUAUGUUGCAUAUAAAGCAUAAUUAAGCUCCAGUUACGACUGUAGCUCAUUUCUUUUAAGCUCUAGUUAGAGCUGGCCGCGUGUCGUGUUUGCCGCACCACGUGCUCGUGCUCGUGUUCGUGCUCGUGCUUUUAGUGGCAACUGGAGUUGGUUGCACGGCGUGUUCGUGCCUCAAAUUUUUGUGGCUUAAGCACUCAAAUUAGACAAAAUUGAAGCUGAAAAAAUAAUGUUUAAAAAAAAAUUGUUUUUUUUUUUUUUUUCUCGAUAAAUAUGCAAUAAUUUGUAGUUAUUUAUUAACUUUUAAGCAGCAAUCGCCCAACAUCUCGUUAGGUUAAUAAAACAUAAGCACACGAAAA